AUGCAGGAAGUGCAGGGCGACGCCGCGUUCGACUCGUUUCCGGACGAGCGCUUCCGCUUCGGCGUGGGACACUCCGAUGGCGUCGAGAUGCUGUGGCUCGAGCGCCAGACGGACAAGAAGCGCUGGACGUGCGACGUGGCGGACGUCGCGGCUUUCGCCCCGGCCGACGUCGUGCUACCCCAGAAGACGGUGCUCCACUAUGUCGCGGCGAGUCUGAAGAACUCGGCGGUCGAGGGCAGCAGCAGCGGUGACGCCCCGCGCGGUCCGGAGCUCGUUCGCGUGGAUGCCGACAAGACGUUGCAGCUCGAGGUGCUCAUUCAAUUGGGGGUCGCCGACUUUGCCUGGGCGCCCAAGUACGUCUUCCCACUGACACUCGUGUCGCCCAUGUCGCCCGCCGAAGCACAGACGAAGCAGAUUGCGCUCCUCACGACGCAAAUGCAGGCGGUCCAGCACGAAGUGCAGCUGCUCAAGACACAGCUGCAGACAGUGUUGCAGGCAUCAGCGGCCUCGCUAGAGGCAGUGGCUGCUGGAGCGCCCGGUGCAUCGUCGCUGCUCGUCUCGGGAGACGCUCGUCUGCCGUUGGUGCCAGUGGACAUUGGCACUGCAACUAACGGGAGUAAAGCGCUAGUGACGCCGCCUUCUCGUGGCGCGCAAGUGUGGGGGGACAUCAUCGGCCACCCGCAGCACAAACUUGUCCAGACUGACGAAAUCCGGGAGACCCGCAACGCCCUCGGCACGACGAUACGCAGUCAUCGCCAACACACGUGCAAAGUGUGCUCGCUCUUGCGAGGCACUCGCAGUCGAGCGUCUGGGACGUCGUACUAUUGCCCGGAAUGUACCGAGCGACACAACGGCGGCAUGGUGUACCUCUGUGACAAAACGAGACCGCACGAUCCGAGUAAGUACAGGAACGCGUCGUGCACGCAGAUCUGGCACUUGAUGUGGGACAACGGGAAAAGCAUUCCGCAGGCGGGGACAGCAUCGAUACGAAUGCGAAAGAAGCGAAAGGAGAGCGACCCGACGAGCCAAAGCGACCCGAAGCUGUCCACCGCUUCGGCAAAAGCGUCCUCUAGUGACGCGAGGAACUAG